UCUAAGCCGAGGAGGAAACUCUGGCUCGGGCUGUGCUCCGAGCUCCGGCUGCUUGUGGGGAACUACGGCCGAGCGACAGCGCCGGCACUGGCGGCAGCAGGAGCAGCACAGCGGGCAAAAUACAAAGAGGCCACAACAGAAGGGAGCCCUUGGCCCUCGCCCGUAAACACAGUCCCCUCCACAGUCGCCUCCCCCUCGCACCGCGCGCGUUGCUGCCUGGUGCUGGAGGCCGUUUGGACUGCUCUGUGACUGCGAGACUGCGGAAGGAAGGAUACUGGGGACAGGAGGGUCAACUGUGGGAGCCCCUGAGGGCCAAGUUUGAGGCCACUUUUGCACUUGCCCUGCCUUAGACCUCACCCGCCCUUUCCUAUAGCCCAGCUGUCCCGGCUGUUCUUCGCCUCCUCGUGUGCCCAGCAGCGGCGGUUCCCAGCCACCAUGGUGACGGUGGAGGAGCUCCGGGAGAUGGACUGCAGCGUGCUCAAAAGGCUGAUGAACCGGGACGAGAACGGCGGCGGCGCCCUGGGGGUGCUGAGCGGCGGCAAGUGCCUGCUGCUGGACUGCAGACCGUUCCUGGCGCACAGCGCGGGCUACAUCCGAGGCUCGGUCAAUGUGCGCUGCAACACCAUCGUGCGUCGGCGGGCCAAAGGCUCCGUGAGCCUGGAGCAGAUUCUGCCCGCCGAGGAGGAGGUGCGCGCCCGCCUGCGAUCCGGCCUCUACUCGGCCGUCAUCGUCUACGACGAGCGCAGCCCGCGCGCCGAGAGCCUCCGCGAGGACAGCACUGUGUCGCUGGUGGUGCAGGCACUGCGCCGCAACGCCGAGCGCACCGACAUCUGCCUGCUCAAAGGUGGCUACGAGAGGUUUUCCUCUGAGUAUCCAGAGUUCUGUGCCAAAACCAAGGCCCUGGCAGCCAUCCCGCCCGCAGUGCCGCCCAGCGCAGCCGAGGCCUUGGACCUGGGCUGCAGCUCCUGUGGAACCCCACUGCAUGACCAGGGGGGUCCAGUGGAAAUCCUCCCCUUCCUCUACCUCGGCAGUGCCUACCAUGCUGCCCGGAGGGACAUGCUGGACGCCCUGGGCAUCACGGCCCUGUUGAACGUCUCCUCUGACUGCCCAAACCACUUUGAGGGACACUAUCAGUACAAGUGCAUCCCGGUGGAAGACAACCACAAGGCGGACAUCAGCUCCUGGUUCAUGGAAGCCAUCGAAUACAUUGACGCCGUGAAGGAGCGCCGCGGGCGCGCGCUGGUGCACUGCCAGGCGGGCAUCUCGCGCUCGGCCACCAUCUGCCUGGCCUACCUGAUGAUGAAGAAGCGCGUGAGGCUGGAGGAGGCCUUCGAGUUCGUCAAGCAGCGCCGGAGCAUCAUCUCGCCCAACUUCAGCUUCAUGGGGCAGCUGCUGCAGUUCGAGUCGCAGGUGCUGGCCGCGUCCUGCGCCGUGGAGGCCGCCAGCCCGUCGGGGCCCCUGCGCGAGCGCGGCAAGGCCACCCCCACGCCCACCUCACAGUUCGUGUUCAGCUUCCCGGUGUCGGUGGGCGUGCACGCGGCCCCCAGCAGCCUGCCCUACCUGCACAGCCCCAUCACCACCUCUCCCAGCUGUUAGGGCUGCUGGGGACCCCAGACCCGGGCCUUCAGACGGGCGGCCGCGGGCGGGCAGCCAGUGGGCCUGAGCAGCCGGCGGCGUCCAAGCUCCUUCCCGUCCCUCCUCGGCGCCCAGGCUGCCGACGGCAAUAAGGACUGAACACAUCUUCACAGCAAACAAGCAGAACCCUCCAACCUGCAGCAAUAACGGCGGCCUCCGGGGCGGCAAGACCUGGGCUAGGUGUGCGUGUCGGUUUUACGUUUCAGAUAGGAAUUUCUUACCUCAUUUUUUUAAGCAGUAAGGCUUGAAGUUAGGAAACCCACAGGUCCUGGCAGAUGUGCCCGCCCGGUGUCACUGGGCAGGAGGGCGAGGGAGGGACGGGACAAGACGGAGCGGGUUUGCCAGAAGUGCCUGGUUCUGUGUGCUCGGCCCCUGGUUGGUUGCUGAGGUUCCAGGAAUUAUUUUUCCUAAAGAAAUCUUCGAGGACAUGGCUUUCCGUUCCAAGUCACAAACAGGUGAAUAACUAUGCUUAAUAAUAAAUAAAGUAUUUAUUAAGAAUUUCCACGGAGUAUGUAAGUCCAGGGGGUCUCCCGGCAGUGGACGGGCGCAGCGGCUAGGUCGGCAGUGGUACCUGAGGUUGGGAAGUGACCGCCCCCCUGCACCGGUCACCGAGAAGCAGGCAGGGCUGGGUGGGAGGAGGAAGAAAGGGACGACUUUGCAGUGACUGUGGACGCUGGUUCCCGGGCACCUGGACGCUGAUGAUUCUCAGCCACAACCACAGCCUGUUCUUUGAUGCCCAACAAUUCAGUUUGGCGGUGGGAGCAUUUCCCUCAUAGACCUGCCUGAGGACUUGUAGGUCACCUGUGACAAAUGCCAUACCAUACUAGGUGCUCCUGAAAACUUGGGUGCAGUGCAGAUUUUCCUACGGUGACCCCUUUGGCAAGGCCGUUGGGGGAAACCAGCCAACUAGAGACACGCCGGAAACACCCUUUUUCAGUGGAAACACCACCGUUUCUCUUUUGCGUACAUUGAAGACUUUAAUUUUAGGGGUUUACUUGGGAUGAAGUGCAACCAACAAAUUCAAAUCCCUGGUUUAGGUGAAUAUUUUCAAAGGCCCCCUUGAGUGAGAAGAAGGGAGUGGACACAUUUCGGGUCUCCCGGAUGUCGGGUGGCAGCAGUGUGAGUGAGGACUUGGGGCAGACACUUCGCUUGGGAGCUGGCUGCUGGGCUCCCGGGACGGGCACUGCGGGCGCUCAGUGCCAUGUUAGGGUCCUCUCUCGGGAUAAUGCCAUUUGCAGGGCUUUCCGAAUGGAAUGGCUUUUGGAGGGAGGAGGAUGUUUUCUUCGGGUUGGGCUUGGGGGAGGGAGAAGGGAACCAGCUACUUGUCAUUGCGUUUGUAGUCUUGUGGGACAGUGUUGUCAUGGAGUGCCAGAUUAGAGGUCAUUGCAAACUUGUCUAGAAAUUAGAGCAUUUUUUUUCCUUAGCCCUUUGAGAGUCUAGAUCUAAGUGGACAUUCUUGCUCACCCGUAAGUGACGUCAGCCUCCAUGCCAGUGGUGUGGGAAUGUGUUUUCUCAGCCCGCCAGCCCAGAGAGCACCUGCCUCGUUACGUCUCCUUCUGUGAACGCGAACUUGUGUCGGCAUCGUCCGUCCUGCCUUUGUCAGGCCCAGUCUUUGAGUGGUGCCAGAGUUCUUGAACCCUAACUUUAGGAAAGCCCGAGGCUCCCUCCUUCUCCAGGAGUGAGGGGUGGGGGGGUCGGGGCUCCUGGACAGUGGGACUAUUUAGAGACAGCACAGCUUGAACAUUCCCACUUUUCCUUCAUUCCUGGAAGUCACUCACGUUUCAUGAUAAAUGAGGUUGAGGGGCUUCUGCAGCUGCCAAAGCCUCGGAUUCCAACAGUGAAUAGGCCUAGGAGGAGGGGCAGCCUGAGGGGGGAGGGAAAGUAGCCUGGAACAGAUUAACUUUUUCUAGAAGGGGUAUACAUUUGCCAAAACCUAUGUGUUCUGCUUUCCCGGACAAUUCCAACCACAGGGACCAGCCUAGGCACGUCUUCCCCUGCUUUCUAAUUCAAGUCUUCUAGCACAAAUCUCAAACCGUAAAGCCAUUUUCUGUGUACUUGAUAAUAAUGUGAGUCCCAACCUCUAAGAAAUAAAGUAGGAACUUGGCUUGAUUGGAAAAGGGGGGGUUGGGG